CGGCGCGCGCUCGGCGGCGGCCCCGGGCCUGGGGCACUGGGAGCGGAGGCGGCGGCGGCCGGCGCGGGGAUGUCGGGGAGCUCGAAGGUGGUGCUGGGGCUCUCGGUGGUGCUAACGGCGGCCACCGUGGCGGGCGUGCAUAUGAAGCAGCGGCAGGACCAGCAGAGGCUUCGUGACGGAGUGAUCAGAGACAUUGAGAGGCAAAAUCGGAAAAAAGAAAAUAUUCGUCUUUUGGGAGAACAGAUUCUUCUGACUGAGCAACUUGAAGCAGAAAGAGAGAAGAUGGUGUUGGCAAAAGGAUCUCAAAAAACGUGACUUGAAAUGCG